AUGGAGUCUGUCGAGGAGAUGGCCGGCGUGACCGAGCUCCCCAGCUCGGCCGCAGGCUUGCCGUCUGAUAGUCUGCAGCCCAAGCUGAGCGAUGACGCCAAGAAAGUCAUUGCAGCCUGUGUCGGCGCGAUGACGACAAGUCUCAUCAUGACGCCCUUCGAUGUGGUCAAGACAAGGCUACAGACUCAGGCCGAUCCAGAGCCGCUGUUCCGUCCUUCUGCUCGCCUACCCCAAUCCGAGCCGCCGACGUUCAGAUCGGAUGCAUCUACAUCACAAGUACCGGCUCGAUCGAGUGCAACCCAGCCGAGAGGGUCCACAUGCUGCCAGAAGACCUUCUUCAUCACCAAUGCCGCCGAAGACUCGCUCCUCUGCAAGUUUGAUCCUAGAAUAUCGACGGCAGAGCUGCCUGCAUCGGGCCAGCACUCCCAUAGAUCGACCGCGCCUGUCAUAGCUGCUGCUCGGUCACUUCAAACAGGUGCGACGUCGUCCAGCAUGACGGGCCCGGCACAGAGGGCGGCACUGUCCUUUGCAGCUCUAUCAAAAUCCUUUUCGCCGUUAGUAGGAUCAGCUCAACCAACUCAUGUCGUACAGCUCGCAGGCGCAGCAGCUUGCACGUUCGACUCGCCCGCCUCGGCCACGCUCACACUAGAACAAAACAGAGGGUCCUCUCAUUUCUCUGGAUUCUUCGACGCCAUACGCAAGAUAUCACGAUAUGAAGGGAUAUCGACUCUGUGGAGAGGCGUAGGCACGACGCUCGCCAUGAGUGUGCCGACGCAGAUAGUCUACAUGGUCGGCUAUGAUAAGCUGCGCGCGUCCCUCUUGCGAUCGGCUCCUCGGUCGACGUCAAACGAUCAACCAGCUGCCAUUUAUCUCGCGCUUGCGCCUUUGGCAGCUGGCAUGAGCAGUCGAGCAGCAGUAGCCACAAUGUUUUCGCCGAUGGAGCUCGUCCGGACGCGAUUACAGAGUGUGCCUUCAUCGCCCGACUCCUCAACGCUCCAGGUCAUACGGACGGCAUGGCGCAAUACCCGCACACAAGGGCUCUCCUCGCUCUGGCGAGGUCUUCCCUCAACGUUGUGGCGAGACGUGCCUUUCAGUGGCAUCUACUGGGCUUCAUAUGAAGGCGUCAAACGCAUCAUCUCUGGUAAAGGAAUGGGUGAAGCGCUCGACCAUGCUCAGCCGGGUGUCAAAGCAAAGGGCAGCAAAACUUUCACUGUUGCCUUUGUCAGCGGUGCCACAAGCGGAAUGGUUGCUGCAACGCUGACAAAUCCGUUCGACGUGAUCAAGACACGACAGCAAGCGUCGUCUGCAGCUGCAACAAAGGGCACAGUCACGCUCUUGGUCGAGAUCGCUCGCAAGGAAGGCUGGCAAGGCCUGUCCAAAGGCCUGACUCCGCGCCUCGCCAAGGUCGUGCCUGCCUGCGGCGUCAUGAUUGGAGCUUACGAGAUUGUCUCGACAAUCUCUCGGCAGGCAGCUCUCAUGGCGAGUCCGCAAGCGUGGCCGACUGCGCAUCACACGCCAAGAUCUCGCGCGCGCAGGAGCGAAGACGAACAAGCUUUCAAUGAGCAACAGCAGCAGUACUCCAUUAGGCCUGCGCUCUCUGCUAUGGUCAUUCAGGACCGCACAGCAUACGACGAGAGAGAUACUGUCUCGCCGCUCUCAUCGCCAAGCAGGCGCAUGCCCGGUGACUCGGCCUUGGCAAGUCCUUUCGGUACCGACCGAAGAAACAGUGCGGCAAGCACAAGCUCUCAGUCUACGCUAGUGGGAUCCAGACGGCCAAGCGCGAUGGACGAAAAGACGCCAAAGGGGAAUGUCAGAAGCCAUCAUCCUACCGGCAGUAGUUCAAGCAUCUUGUUCGAAUCAGUGCCUCUGUCCCACGCACAUUCGCGCACUGCCAGUCUGAUCAAGGAUCCGCAUGCUAGGCCAUCUCACUUUUACGAGCCGCGUAGCCCUGCGAUGUCACACGACCCUCGUGAUAUGAGCUCAUUAUUCGAAGAGGAGGCGACUGCUGUCAGCGAAGAGGCCCGAGCGUCGCCUGCAUGGCGUGACCGAGCCUGGCUACUGCUGCAUGCCGGCGGUUUGAUGUCCAUGUACGCGCUCUACAGCGUCUUGCAAGAGCGCAUCAUGAAGAGUGAAUACGGGCCAGAGCAGCAGCGAUUCACGGCGCCCUCGCUGUUGAUUGCCUGCAAUCGGAGCUUUAGUCUGCUCGUCGGACUUCUUCUGACAUUGAUCUCGCCGUCAUCUCGCUCUUCGCAGCCAGAGCGGACAUACUGGCAGCGGCUCCAGCCGCAACACGCUAUCACUGCGUAUGCUCUCGUGGCCGCAUGCAACUUUGCGAGCACUUAUUCGCAAUACGAGGCGCUCAAAUACCUCAGCUUUACGACACAAAGUAUCGCCAAGUGCGCCAAGAUGGUCUUCGUCUUGCUUGUCGGCUCCCUCGUCUACAAAAGGCAACACAUUGCGCGCAAAUGGGUAGCCGGCGCCACUGUUCUGCUUGGCUGCGCUGUCUACCUUCUGUCAAGGCCGCAACUUGGCAAGGCAGCAGGUUACGACAGGCUGUCUGGCGACAGAAGCUCGCUGGACAAAAACAUUCGCGGAACACUUUGCAUCUUUGCGUAUUUGCUAUUCGACUCGCUCACGUCGACGACGCAAGAGCGCACGCUUGGCACCAGAGCAAGGUCAUUAGAUGGCCCAUUUGCUCGCGGCAGCGCAGUGCUUGAUCAGAUGGUCUACGUCAACGCUAUCAGCACCAUCAUAGCUGCUGCUAUCACUGUCCUUCAGCUACCAUCAGGUCUGAUGGUAGACAUCAAUUUGAUUGCACGGACACCUGCGCUGAUAGCAGACAUGGUCGCGCUGGCUUUCACGGCAACUUUCGGCUUGCUCAUCCUUUUCAACACGCUAGCAAAUUAUGGCGCACUGACUACUGCACUCAUCAUGACUUUGCGACACUUCCUGUCCAUAGUGCUCAAUGCUGCGCUGUUCGACAAUGUUAGCACUAUCGGACCUUUGGGGUGGAUGGGCAUCGCUUUCGUUGCUUCGGGUGUCUUCAUUGAUCGAGACAACCGCUUCGAUGACCUCAACGAGAGGCGCUUUUCCCAAGGCACAGCCCAGUAUCGCAAGCUCGAAACGCAGUCCCUCGACGAUCGCGCACAACCAGACAGGAGAGCUGCUAGCUGGGAUGCUAGUCGCGACAGCUCAAUGCGAUUGGUCAAGCAGUAUGCCGCGCCUUUGUUUCUGCCGCUUUUGAUCGGUAUCGCCCUUUACGGCGUACCCAUGCCGCGGAUGAGCCCCGCGACACGACCAUCUCAGCCUAAUCUGAACACGUCGCUCGCGUCAUCGACUGUCGCACUUUCUGCCGAGACAGGGGAAACAAAAGACCCCAUUGUGCACAACACUGCUGCGGUCGAAGGCAGUCGGUUCGGGCAGCAAUUUCAUGACAAGAUCGAUCCCAAUUGCUCGAUGCUGUCAGGCGCAGCUGUCAAGUAUCCCGAGUCCUCCGAUGCACAACGCACCAUUUUCUCUAGCUUCCCACGCUCAGGAAAUACCUAUGUACGCAGCCUUGUCGAACGUGCGAGUGGCUAUCAGACAUCAUCUAUCUACUGCGAUCGCCCACUCGCGAAAACCUUUCAUGGCGAAUGCGAUUCCUUGGCAGACAAUACCUAUUUUGUCAAAAGUCAUUAUCCGUGGGGUCGUGAUCUGCCAGAAUCUGCGAACGUGAGCGAGCAUUGGCAAGCUUUCGACCGCAACAUGCGCAUCAUUCGCAAUCCGCUCGAUGUCAUCUAUUCGUUCUAUAAUUUUCAGCAGACAAAGAGCCAUACCGGAAGGAUCGAGAAUUUGGCACCGUUCGGUCAAGCCGAUCAAGUCGGUUUGCAACGAUAUAUCCACGGCUACAAUGCACACGCACGAUACUGGGCCGAAGCGCCUAUUCGCGAACAUCUCGUACGGUAUGAAGAUCUGCGAUCGCAGCCGCUGCCCACUUUGCUCGGUAUGCUGUCUUUCUUGUUGCCGCCAGAGCGCAUGCCCUCUAUCGAGCGAAUCGCAUGCGCCAUCGAGCGAGACCCAAGCAAAGAAGCCUAUCAUUCUGCAAAGCACGAGCCAUUCUAUUCCUGGGAUCAUUUCGAAGAUGAGACCCGCGCAUGGCUUCUCGAGCAGGUCAGAGCGCCCUGGUGCAAGUAUGGAUUCGAGACGUUGGCUCGUGAGCAUAAUCGCACGACGCACAUCGAUUGCACGCCAAAAAAGACUGUCUUAAGGCAUCGCACAAUACCCAAAAUGGUCAAGCAUAGAAGGAAGGAUAGAAAGACAGUCUAAGUGAAUAUUCAGUGAGCUUCGAGGAAUAGGAAAAUGCUUGUUGUGUCAUCGGAACCAUGCAUUGUCUGGAUACUUCUAUGCUUGCAUCAUUGUAUAGCAGAGCCCUCUUCGGCUAUAGAGCUUGGCUGGCCAUCGGUCACUUUUGCUAUGACUGAUCUUCGCUUGAGGCCGCUUGCGCCCGAGCUCCGCCUCCUCGCUCGUGUAUCGCCCUCGUUCUGUGCGAGAUCGUCGCCUGGCGCUGAGCUUUCGUCCUUGAUCGCUCGUUUAGAUGCGCUACUUGCCGCUUUGGGCCGAGACACCCGCUCGACAGAAUGUACAGCAAUAGCACGCCGGACCCAAGCUCGUCUCCUUGUAUAUCGGCCCAUACCUGCAUCUGAGGACAGCUUCGCCCAAGCGUUAUCGCCAUAUUGCCAGCCCUGAUGAUCUACGUCCCAAUGC